AAAUAAAAAGAGUGUGUGAGGGCUAGAGAAACUAGGUUUUCUCUUUCGCGUCUCUCUUUUCGCUCUGAGGGGUUAGGGUUUUCUUUGUUUCUCUCUUUUUUUCUCGUCUAGAUUUUUCACUUUCAGAUCGAUAAGACAUGGCUGAAGGUGGUAGAAAUACUGGUACAGUCAAGUGGUUUAAUGUUCAGAAAGGUUUUGGAUUCAUAUCACCAACUGAUGGUAGUGAGGAUCUCUUUGUUCAUCAAUCAUCCAUCAAAUCUGAUGGAUACCGUAGCUUAGCUGAAAACGAAGAAGUCGAAUACGAGGUCGAAACUGGUGAUGAUGGUAGAACUAAAGCCGUCGAUGUCACUGGUCCUGGUGGCAGUAAUGUUCAAGGUAGUCGCAGAGAAGGCGGCGGAGGUGGUGGUCGAGGUGGUUAUGGGGAUGGUGGAUACGGUGGCGGUGGCGGUUAUGGUGGCGGGGGCGGUGGCGGUGGCGGUUAUGGUGGCGGGGGCGGUGGAUAUGGUGGACGAAGUGGAGGUCGUGGUGGUGGUAGUUAUGGCGGUGGAGGUGGUGGAUCUUGUUAUAGCUGUGGUGAAUCUGGACAUCUUGCCAGAGAUUGCAGCAGUGGAGGAAGUGGCGGCGGCGGUGGAUAUGGUGGAAGAAGUGGUGGUAGAGGUGGCGGUAGAGGUGGUGGUGGCGGCGGCCAGUGCUACAACUGUCAAGGUACCGGUCACUUUGCCAGGGAGUGCCCUAAAGCCGGAGGCAACUAAAGUUCUUGAUUCGAAGGGAACAUGGUAAAGCAAACACAUCUUGAUGUUUCGCUUUACAUAGUUUCUUUUAAUCAGUCUUUUUAUCUUUUCAAUCUUUGUUUGGGUAUUAUUUUCUCUUUUUAGGUUAGAUUUUUGGGUGAUAGCAUCGAAUAUUUUUGGAAAGGGUUUUCUUCUCUUGGGAUAGAUCUGCUUUAUAAACUUAGGGAUGUUGUCAUGGUGGGAUUUUAUUACUUCUUUUUUUGUGCCGUUCAUAAUGGUUAUGAUGCUGCUGGUUAUAUCAUCUCCUUUUUUCUCUUUUACUGAUGUGGUUGGGUAAACAGUGGAUUUUGUAUCCUUAUUACUUUCUGAAUUGAAAGUAAACAAAGCAACAAACAGUGUUCAGUUAUCUUUAUUGUGUUCUGAUGUGGUUGGGUAAACAGUGGAUUUUGUAUCCUUAUUACUUUCUGAAUUGAAAGUAAACAAAGCAACAAACAGUGUUCAGUUAUCUUUA